AUGAAACAUCAAGAAUCUGUAAAAUCAGUUGCAGCAAAUCGAUCUAAAACUCUUGAUGCAGUAUUUAAUAUGCCAACAUCUGAACUUAAUAAAUUAUGUGCUGCAGAAGGUACUAUGGUUUUUCAUUCUGUUAAACAUUCACAUAGUUACAUUUCACAAGCAUGUACAAUUAAUGUACUUAAAAAAUGUUUUUCUGAUUCUUCUAUAGCUCGUGAAAUAGCGUAUAAUGUACUCGCACCAUCACUUACACAUUCUAUUGUACUUGAAUUACGUGAUGUUGAUUUUUUUUCGAUUUACUACGAUACUUCGAAUAAAGGGAAUAUUAAAAUGCUUCCUAUUGUAGUUCAAUUUUUUUCUAAAUUUGGUGUUAAACAUGGUGUGAUCGACUUUAUUGAACAACAACAUGAAUCGGCUGAAGCAUUAUUUACAAAUAUAAAAUAUGUUUUGGAAGCAAAUGACUUGAGAUUGAAUCAACUUAUUUCGCUUGGAUCUGAUAACACCAAUGUAAACAUUGGUAAUAAUCAUAGUGUAUUUGCUUUAUUUCAAAAAUUAGUACCUCGUUUAAUUAAAGGAAAUUGCUACUCUCAUAUUCUUCAUAAUUCGGUAAAACAUGGAAAUAACUAUUUAUUGUUUGAUGUUGAAGCAGCAUUAUUGAAAAUAUAUGCUCAUUUUUCUAAAUCAUCAGUUCGUUCAAAAGAACUAGAAAAAUACUUCGAUUUUGUUGAACAAGAGCAGAAGGUCAUUCUUCAACAUAUUCGAUUAAGAUGGCUUAGUCUUUUAGCAUCUAUCGAGCGUCUUAUUCUUGUUUAUCCAGUCGUUAAAAAUUAUUAUUUAAAUUUAGAAGAUAAUGAAUGUCCAAGUUUAUUAUUAGUUUUUUUCACGUCAAAUAAAAGUGAAUGUUCGUUAUAUUUUUUGACGAAUGUUUUACCUGAAGUACAAGCUGCUAAUUUAUCAUUACAACGCGAAUACACAACUGGUGUUAAUUUACAUACUAUUAUUUCAACUUUACUUCGUAAACUAAAUAAUCGAUUAAAAGAUGAUUUUUUUGGGUCUAAAGUUGAUCAAUUAUUGAAAAAUAUUCAAUAUUCAAUUGAAGUUGAUGAUUUAAAAAAAUCAUUUAGAUUAUUUAUUCGUUCAUUGAUUGAUUAUAUUGAAAAAUAUUAUAAUAAUUCUGCAUCAUUUUAUCAAUCAAUUUCUAUUUUCAGUGAACUUAAUAUAGAAAAACUCGAAUGGAAAGAUAUUCAAUAUUGUUCUACUUUUACUGAUGAUGAAAUGAUUGAUCAAGUUGGCUUAUAUAAUGAUUUUAAUCAUAUAAAAUCUAAAUAUAUUGAAUUAAAGGAAAAGUUUGAUGGUAUUCACAACCAAGUACAAUCAUUUAUCUCAUCAAAUUUAGGUAUACCAAAACGAGUUGAAGCACCACUUAAUAUUGAAGAAAGUAUAUGUAAUGAAUGUGAUGGUAAAAAUAGUUCUGAUUCUGAUGAUGAUGAAUCUCAUAGUAAAUGUCAUAAAGAUAAACAAGGAAAUCAAUUAAUGAGAAGUGAUCGCUUAUGGGCUUACCUACUGGAUGGUGAAACUGUACCUAAUUUGAAAAAACUUGUUCAAUUUGUUUUUGCCAUUCCUGCUUCAAAUGCGUUUUGUGAAUCAGUUUUUAGCCACAUGAAGUAUUUAUGGAAUGACAAUCGACGUAGAAUGAAACACGAUUUAGUUGGAGCUGAAUUGAAGAUCAAAAUGAAUAGUCAUCAUACAUGUACACAAUUUUAUGAUUAUCUAUUAAAUAAACCAGAUCUUUUGAAACAGAUUCGAUCUUCUGAAAAGUAUAGUCAUAUUGCAAAAGUACCACGACUUGUUUAA